ACGGAACCGUCAUCUCGUCCGCGCGUUCAAUUGCAGUUCAAUUUACUUCAAAGUUCAGAGCAGUUUGAGACUUCAAUCGAGAUGUUUCGUUUUUCUAUUAGUAAUGUCGGUCGUGUUUAUUCGUGAGUUUUUGCGUGUAUCAUAGCAAAGUGAAUCGAACUACAGGAAGUACAGUGUAGCAGAAAUAUUUUUUCUACUCUCAAAAAGUACUAGCAUACGUUCAAGUGCAGCCGUGGUGUUUUUUCGCGUGUUCCACCGAUUGCAAGAAUCUUGCCUAAUUGGUGCGGUUCUCGAAAACAGUUCAGCUGAAAAUUUGUUCUAGUGGUCUGUUGCUUGUUUUUGCACUGGCUGAGUGAAAUCUCGAAUCAUGUCAAAUAUUCCUUUAUUCAGAUGGGAGCCAUAUUUUUUUUUUGAAUUACAUCUUAUUUUUUCUCGUGAGUUAAAACCAAAAAUGCCAGAGUGUGAAGAAAUGUUGCUCCCUUUCUUUCGCACCCAUUGAGUAACCCAAGUUCAUCGUGCCGAAGAACCGCAUCCGUCGAUAGGUGUAGUAUUGCGGAGCAAAAGCAAGAAUCUGGUUAAAAAAGAAAUCCGAAGUAGAGUGUGCUUUUUGUUCUACUGUCCGUUGUUGACCGAAGAAGAAGAUCGAGAAGUGCCGUGGUUGCAUGUGCGUGUGUAUGCGCACUUACCGUGCAUAUAGAACGGCUUCAAUGUGUGUUGGGCAUUAUAUUCGGCUGCAAGGAUGGAGAGAAAAGUUGGUGUAUAAAAAUACCGUCAGUGUGCGGUGUUGUGUACGGAAUCCGAAACACCACGCGUAUUGGCAAAAAAUAUAGAAAAGGAAAUAAUUUUAAAAACAAUAGAUUUCGUUCUAACACGUCAACAACAAUUGAGAUUAUGCAGAUCGAAUCAUGAGUGGUUUGAAUUAAGAAGAUACCCUAGUUGGAAGAAGAAGCUAAGUAGUAACACUCUACUGCUCGAAGUUUUUCCUCACGUUGUACGAAAUUAAAAGCAAUAGAAAAUGUUGCCGUCUAACGUCAGUGUGUGUGUGUUGUGAAAGUGUCUAAAUGAAAAAUCAAAGUGUUUAGAUAAGUUUCCAAUUGAAAAAGGAAAAAAGGUUUCGUUCUAACCAACGGAAAUCAUAUGUAGCUCAGUGAGUGGGGCCUCUACACUGGUGCAGCACGUUUGUGCAAGUGAAAAGUUGCCUUGGAUGUUUAUAGAGCGUUUUCGGUUGUGACACACGACAAAUGGAAAAGAAAACAGAAUUUUACGUUCCCCCGUCACCGUCAUCAUCGGCUUCGUCGACCAGUGGCGGUGGGGACAGCAGAAUGCCGCCCUCCGGUAAUAUGAGCAGCUCGAGCGGUGACAGCCGCCAGUUAGCGUGUGCUCACAUUCACCAUGAAUUGGCAGAAACAGGGCAUUCGGAAAGUUUGAAUCUCCUGCUGGACGAUUUGCUCUCCCCGGAGCGGCUAAUUUGUGAUGGAGAUAGCAUCGUUUGGUGCAAAUGGCUGAUUGCUGGCGGUCGAACGCCGGAAGAGUUCGCUUCAAUAGUGCGUGGCUACGACAACCAUGCCAAGUGCGGUCUGGUGUGGAUUCCGCAUGUGGUCGCCUACCGAUGUCGGACUUGUGGAAUUUCGCCCUGCAUGUCCAUCUGCCGGGAUUGCUUCAAGCGAGGCAACCACACCGAUCACGAUUUCAACAUGUUCCUUUCGUUGGCUGGUGGGGCUUGCGACUGUGGUGAUACUUCGGUAAUGAAAGCCGAAGGCUUCUGUAGCGAUCACGGGAUUAACAACCGGCAGCACAAGGCACCGGUGCCGGAUGAUCUGAUGGUGGUAGCGGAAGCCAUGAUGCCCCGGCUACUAUUGCGGUUAUUACUACACUUCCGCAAUCACAGUGCUAAAAUACACAACUCUGCUGUAUAUAGCCGGACGGCAAAAUACUGCGACGACUACUGCAGUAUGCUGAUGGAGUUCAACAACAUGGGUGAACUGAUGCGGAAGGUAAUGACCAAAGCGUUGAUUGACGAGGAUACCUAUCGGAAGCUGGUUGAUCCACCUUUUGCCUUCAAUCAGUACGGAAAUCUUUUGGAACACAGUAAGCGCAAGUAUGAAGAUGCAGUACGAUUGUUUCCCUCGCCGGAGCCUCCUGACGAAUAUCGUCAUUUGCCGGCGCUUGGUGAAACCAUUGUUCACAAGACUCUGCUGGAGGAAUUUAUUUUCUGGACAUUCAAGUACGAGUUUCCACAAAACAUUGUUUGCUUUCUGCUAAACAUGCUUCCAGACCAAGAUUAUAAGGAACAUCUUACGCGAACCUUUGUGAUGCAUUACUGUCGAAUCCCGAGUGUGUUGGAAAUGUCCAACGAUCCGGAUACGCUUAGCAAUCGGGUUGUACAUAUGAGUGUUCAGCUUUUCUCCAACGAAAGCCUUGCCCUGAAGAUGGUCGAAGAGCUUAGCCUUCUACACGUAAUGAUCAUCAGUAUGCGACAGAUGAUGUCGAAAAUUUUAACACCCAACACAUUGCACGAUCCCGACAAAAAUUUUCACUAUGUUGUUGACUGUGCCAAACGUGUAAUGAAGGACCACUGCUACUGGCCACUGGCAUCCGAUUUCAACAACGUUCUGUCACACGAAUCGGUCGCCUUGGUGUUUCUCAAAGACGAUAAUCUGAUUGAUAUGUGGUUUCAGUUUCUGUCGAUGCUACAAGGUAUGAACGUAAACAUCCGCGAAACGGGCAGCCACGUAGAGAUCGAACCAAACCUGUACACAGCCGCCUUCAGCUGCGAGUUGGAAGCCAGCGCCUAUCCGAUGUGGUCAAUUAUUUCGCACCUUAAGGAUCCAUCGCAUGCCCCACUGGCGAAAAAGUUUAUGCUAUUCUGUGUAAACUACCUGCAGGAUUGGCUGGACGCGGUCAAUUUCUACCUGCACCCAAAGUUUGACAAGGACGAACUGUACCGGGCAUCGUUUCAUUUUCCACUUCAUCGCUACCUUGCAGCGUUUAUUUGUCAGGGUGUGAAACGAAUGGGAAUGUCGCUCAGUGAUAUUCUCCCGUCUGCAGAUCUGCUACCAAUGCUGAUGAUGCAUCCCCUUCGAGUACAGAGUCUGUUCUACGAGAUCCUGUCCGGUAUCUGGGUACGCAACGGGCUCCAGAUGAAGGGCCAAGCCAUGACAUACCUGCAGGCUAACUUCUGCAACUCGAUGGUCGAUAUGGAUCUGUUUUUCCUGCAAAUCUGUGCAACCCAGCUGCCGGCGAACUUGUUCCUGACGGAUUGCAUUUCGAUUUUUGGUGUGUCCGAGUGGAUCGGUAUGGGGGUACUCAGUGCACCCCAGGAAAUGGGUCAGGAUUCGAUGCUGGAAGGCUUGCUGACAUUCCUGGCGACACUGAUCACGUCGCGCGUCAAUCUCGGUAACGAUGAGAAAACCCAGUGCAUCAUCGAGAUCAGUGCUCUGUUGGCAACCGGCGAUAAAACCCACAGUCAGCUGCUGGAACUGAUGCCGGAACGGAGUUUGAAUGCUCACACCCGAAAUUUUGAAAUAUUUUUGAAAGAGCUCUCGGUAUAUCGGCCGCCACCAGUGGGAUCGGAAAAUUUAGAACAGGGUUUGUUUAUGCCUGUACAAGAGGUUUGGGAGCGAUACUACGACCCGCUACAUGUUUUGCUUAGGGCCGUGCAUCGGCGAGAUUUUCAAAACUCAAUGGAUCGUUUCGGAGGGUAUGUUAAAGGAGUGGGUAAGAUGCCAAAAAGCAGAAGUUUGUGGCCGCCGUUCCGGCUGCCGAGUUCGUGUGGGAAAGUUUACAGCGAUCCGGCAAGCGUGUUAAGCUCUAGAGUACUACACGCAAUGUUACUAGCAAUCUUAUACAGAGCUGUUCAUACGCUAAGUGUUUCCGAGCAUAUGUUGGCGUUAGCAGUUUUUCUAUUGGAAAUGGCUGUAUGUAACUGUGAAACGAAUCGCGACAGCGGAAGCGAGCUCGAGUGUCGCGGAUCGAGUACCGGCAGUAGAAGAAGAGUUUCAGAAGAAAAUAGAGAACCAGUUCCGGAGCUAUUAAACUGCUAUCCUAGUAAUUGUUUGGUUGAGAAUCUAAAGAUGACUAUUCAAAGGAUAUCUUUGAUACCGGGUGAACCGCAAGUUCUGCCGGCCAAUUAUCAGAACCAGAGUACGGGUACUCCUACGUUCGAUAGUGACGUAGAAUGGGAACUCUCUGAAAGUGAAACUCUGCCGAUGCUGGUUGGAAGCGUAGAUAACGAGUAUGAGCAGCAUCUGACCAGUGGCGGGGAGGUUGCCAUACCACAGGAUUUAUCGGUGGUUCGAGGGAACUCUAUUGCUAGAAGAAUGGAUGAUGACGACGACGAGGAUAUGGAACGAAUGCUGGUGGACGAUAGUAUCCCGUCGCUUCCAACGACUCAACGACCAGCAUUAACGCUUGCGGAGUAUCAUAACAAUAAUAAUGAUAGCAUUAGUGAAGCUUCAAUCGGUGGUAGGCUUCCACUACCUGCGCCAGCCUCGCCUGGUAGCGACGGUAGUACUGUGGUAAUCCCCCGCGUUACCAGUGAAAUAUACAACGAGAGUAGCAUGGAACUGGUAAUCCGCCACGAUUUUCCUUUAGUUCCCACUCAGAACUUGGCUGUGAAUGAGACCACGCGCACGACCACACCGGACAUGACAAUGUUCUCGUCUUCGGUACCGAUCAACGCCGGUCUUAUGCUUCCUUUUAAUCGUGUUCAACCGGUUGCAGUUCCUAGAAGACCUCAGUUGCCAGCGCCUGCUGCUAAUACGACAACGACGGUGGCCAAUGCUGCUAGUGCCAACUCUACUACCGCUGGAGGUGCCAACUACCAGUUGGUACAUCAAACGCCUGGCCGUCUACGGCAUAAACGUCGCAACAUCGACGCUCUAGGCGAAACCGCACACGAACCGGAUACCGUGCGGAUCGAGGAGAGCAUACUUUCAUUGCUGCUCAAGCUGCACACUCAGUUGAGUGGUGCUUUGGACAGUUUCUCGCUAGAAGACGAUGACGAUGCAGCAGAAUCGGACAAUGUAGUCAUGGAUCAUGAUGACGAAUCUAGCUCUUCUAGUCAGCAGCAACAGACACAAAAACGUAUCAAGGUGUCGGAGUCUAGAAUAGGCGAUGGACCGUUUUUCAUUGGAAAUUUGCUGCGGAGAAUUGCUCGCUUGGAUGAGAGUUGCGCUAGACGGAUUGAUGAGAUCCGACAUGCCCUGUGGCCAAACCAAAGAGAACGCCAAGCAGAGCAAAAAGCUCGGGAGGCUAAAGAACGAGAAGAACGCAGCAAGCGGGCAAAGGAACGGCAGAAAAAGCUGAUGGAAGAGUUUGCCAGCAGACAAAAAGCGUUCAUGGAACAGGCAGCUGCGUCGAAAAUGGAUUGUUUUGAAGGAGACGAAGAUGAUGAAGAGGAAAUGAUUGAAAUGCCACGAGAGAAAGAGUAUGACUGCAUUAUCUGCAAUACAACCGAGCCUAGUACGGAGUCCAAGCCGAUUGGGCUGGUGGUUUUAGUAGAAUCCAGUAGCAUCGUUGGACAUCGGCGAAAAGAGCAUGAUAGGUGCCCUCUACCGAUAAAUGACGAUGACAAAAUUAGACUAGAACGAAACGUCAAAAUGUCGUCAGAAUUCAACAAACGAAUAGAUUUCCUGAAAAGAAAUUUUGCAAUGUGGGCUUGGUUUCAGGCGGAUAACAUUGGUUGGGAAGGCGGGGUUCAUGUUCAGUCUUGUGGCCACCAUGUACACCUAGCAUGUCAAGAUUUGUAUCUCAAAUCUCUGCACACUUCGCCACGACCACAAAAUCUGGACGUUGAGCGAGGUGAAUUCUUCUGUCCAUAUUGCGGUCAACUAGCUAACUCAGUGUUACCAUUGACCCCAUCGUUAGAAAGACCUAUUAUCACGCCUCGCGCUGCCUCGCCCCCACCGUUCAUAACUCUAGUCAACGAAGUGAAGAAUCUAAUGAAAGACAACAAACUACCGCUGACGACCAACAAAUUCGUUGAAGCAAUGGAAAAUAUGAUCAGCUGUACACAACGAAAUAUAAAACGGCAUAUUGACAUCCCCCAAACAACUUUUGUGAUCUCGAUCGCUCGUAUCAAUCUAGAAUCGGAGGUGAUUCAACGAGGAGGAACUCUUUGUUCCCAGAAAGACUUACGCUACAAACCGAAGCGGGAUUGUAUCGUUCCACUACUUCAUGUUCUAUCGUUGCAUCUUCGACGACGAAUGAACGACGAUUCACCAAACCGUUCCCUACUGGAUGAUAUUCUACCUGCUUGGCGGGUAUGGAUGAUGCUGAGCGGAGUUGAUCUUGGAUGUUUGUUGUUGGCACCCGGUGAAAACGAAGUUGAAGGUGAUGCUUUGAACGCUGCUAUCACUGAAGUCACCGGCGGUCUUUCACUCACCAGCGGUGAAUAUGUUCCGGCCUUGUUGAGCGAUCCCUGUGCUUUAAUGCUUAAAUUUAUACUGCUGGCACCUCUAGAUCUGGAGCAAAUGUAUUUCACCUGCAUCGUUAAGGUAGCAUACAAUUUGCUGUACUACGAAAUCGCUCUACAGCUAUGCGCUCAACUAACGGAAGAUGAGUGCGAUCAGCUGCUGGAAAAUUAUACCUCUCACAUUGCGGCACCCGUUAGGCAGAAGGGUGUUCCAAACAUUGGUUCGGCAAUGGCCUUUUUGCUCAGCAAUUUAGACCGUUGUCGAGGUUUACGCUCUUCUACGGAAAAAACAAACGCGACGACCAGUACUCCAAACGGUGACACCCCAAGAUCGAUAUUAGACGUUGAAGCACUGGAGAAAACUCUUCAGCGUCAUUGUUUACCAUUUCUUCGCGUGGCCGCACUACUGAGGCACCACAUUUACCAUUCCGAAAUACCAGAAAUCCCCGGACCGCAGUGGGAGUUCACUCGGCUCGUUUACUAUUUGGAACUAGUCACCGUUAGUAUGGAUUUAGAUAAGUUUAAUGCCAGCAAGGCUCUUUGCUUCCUACCUGGGACGGAGCUGGCGCUGCCCCGGUUUUGGUGUGAUCAGUUGCGUCAGAUGCGACUCCCACAAGAAUCAACGCGGUCACUAGUGGUGACCCAGCAAGUUGAGUGGCAGCAACCCAAGUUACUUCGACUACCACGGGAGUACGAACGAUUAUUUACGUACUACCACGAGCAACCUUGCCUGAAGUGUCAAAAUGUACCAAAAGAAAGUUCUAUCUGUUUGCUGUGUGGGACAAUCGUCUGUUUGAAACAGGCCUGCUGCAAGGAACAGGAGUGUUGUGAGGCUGUGAAGCAUUCUGUUACAUGUGGUGGGGGAACGGGUAUUUUCCUGAUGGUUACAUCAACCUACAUAAUCAUCAUCCGAGGUCGUCGGGCUUGUCUAUGGGGGUCACUGUAUCUGGACGAUUACGAUGAGGAGGAUCGAGAUUUAAAACGCGGGAAACCACUAUACCUGAGUGAAGAUCGUUUCAAUUUGCUUGAAUCUCAAUGGCUGUCCCAUCGGUUCGCCCACACAAAACAUACGUGGGUAUGGCAUCGUGAUUCACUAUAGAAGAAAUAUUUAGGACACAACGGAUGUUUGGCAGAUUACAAUUGGGUGUGCAUGCGUGUAUGUGUAAAUCAAUCCAACGUAUUUGUAAAUCUGGAUAACAAGACUGUGAAGACAGAGGAAAACUUUACGUUUCCUUCAAGAUCAAACCGAAAAGAAUCGACAAGUUUUGGACGUAAUGAACCAAUACGGCUAAAUGAUGUAAAUCAUUUGCACACACUAAGGAGUGUAAUGAAUCUUUCAUGCUUUGUGAUAUUUGUAAUUGUUAUCGUGCGAAAUGCCCUCAUUAGAACAUUAACCAAUUCAAUCUCUUGGAUAAACACUUUCCGACUACAAUUACUGCUAUCAGAUAGGACGAUAGUUUUGACUUGUAUAUUAGCUCAAGUGUUUCUUGUUCCAACGAAACACAGAAACUAGGCUUUCUUUGGUUCAAUGUGUGUUUUGCUUUCAAACAAGAUCGUUUGCUCAAUCGAAAACCGUUUUUAUUGGAAACUAAGAAAAAAUAAAACAAAGAACAUGCCACUUCUCGAAAAUGGCCUUAGAAAGCAGACUUUGUAUAUUGAUUAAAUGAUAGGCAUUAGGUAUUAUACUGCGAAGCAAUGUGAAAUUCUAGGAUUUAACAAAUUGUACCCUUAUUCGUUGAGACAUCUAUCUAAAAUCUAUUUAAACGAUUAGCACCAGAAGUUACUGGCCCGGUCACAGAGGUGAAUUAUGCGAGUGAGACUACAGUAAGCGUUGAUCGUUUUUUGCUCGUUUUCCUAAACAAGAUUAUUACAGUUAGUUAUUCGAUUUGUUAUUUAUGCUUAGAAUUGGCGCACUAGGGCUGUAGAAGAAAUAAAGUUUCUCUUCACGUUCUCGAACAAUAGUCGCAUAGAAAUGUUGAAUCGAACAGCAAUUAUUAGCUGGUGGUGUUCGGGUUGACUACUACAGCAAUUGUAUGACAGCAAAGAAGAAGGACCGCGCGAUUGGCAGAAAUUCGAAACUGUAAAACCAAUAAUUAGUGUACGAAGCAGUUAAUAAAUUACUAAACUAUUACCGCAUUCAAAAAA